GUGAUGCACAAUCUGCCCAAUCAGAAAGCUGCAGACGCAAGAAGCCCAAAACGAAGAGAAAAAAGAUUGCCUUGUUAAAGUCUCUCUCUAUCGUGCAACCAGAAGACGAUGCGGAGUCCGGCGUCAUAGAAUUAGCCACGCUUUCAUCCUACCGCACUUCCCGCGCUCCAGGUAUACUUUACUUACUGACUACCUACCUAACUAAAUUAACCAUCCCACUUGCCCGCCUCCAAACUUUUCGAAAUUGUCUCCCGCAACACGAAACAUUUAAUUACGGAGUAGUAGGCGCAUCUUAGGGCUUCUGUUCGUUGCUUACUACAACUACGUAGCCCACACGAAAUCAAACCGCCCCACCACCACAACUUCUCCCCCGCCAUCUCUGCCUUCUUCCUUUCCCCCCUCAACCAUCACCACCAUGGGAAAGCCUCCGAAUCUAUAUGCCUUUGCAGGCAACGACGAGCUCGCACCUAGCCUCCGCGCAUACAUCCUCGACGCCCAAAACAACGCUAUCGAACGACACAACGUCUUCCGGGUCGGCGUAUCGGGAGGUUCUCUACCGAAGGUCCUUGGAAAGGCGCUUCUCCAGGACAAUAACGCAGAUGGGAAGGUCCAAUUCAGCAAAUGGGAGAUCUUCUUCGCCGACGAGCGUGCUGUGCCUCUCGACCAUGAGGACAGCAAUUACAGGCUCGUGAAGGAGGAGAUCCUGGAUAAGAUCCCCGCCGAACAGAGCCAACCCACAGUCUACCCCAUCGACGUCAAGUACCUCGAUGAUGUACAAGAGAUGGCAGACCAAUACGAGCAAAAACUGGUGAGCGUGUUCGCCGCGCGAGACAGCGUCAGACUGCCCAUGUUCGACUUGCUCCUACUUGGCUGCGGACCCGACGGUCAUACCUGUAGCUUGUUCCCUGGCUCACCGUUGCUACGAGAGACGGAAGCCUGGGUCUUGCCUAUCUCCGAUUCGCCAAAGCCUCCGCCAAAACGCAUCACCCUCUCGCUCCCCGUUGCUUCUCACGGAAUCAAGAUCGCUUUCGUUGCGACCGGUGGAGGAAAGAAAGAAAUCAUGAAACAGAUCUUCGACACCGAGGAAGGUCGACAAUUGCCAUGCGGUCUCAUCAACACUUUUGCGCAAGAAAGGGUCAGCUGGUUCGUUGACUACCCUGCCAUCGAAGGCGUAUCGUUCCCAGCACGCCGAGGCAGUUUGUAGGAGGAACACGUUCAGAUCAAGCAGCUUUCUACAAAUUAACGUCCAUGAUCUCUCGUUGAAUAGAUGGCAGGACAGCCCGGAUUCUUGAAGUCGUCCGUUUUAUAUCCUGCUCGGGCUGAGUGAUGCCGUUUCUUGUGCUAUUUUGCCACGGAUAUCUAUGUAUGGGUCGAGUUUUUCCUUCAGCGAACGAUUAAAUCAAC